ACCAGUUAUAACGCUGGCUGUAGUUUUAAAGUUGCAGUGAUUGUGCAUUUGCAUAUACAUAUACAUAAAUUAAUGUAUGAUUGCUCAUUUCUAUUUCAAUACGAUAAAAAGACGUUGUGUAUACAUAUUCGAACAAUUUGUAUUAUUGUACUUCAAUGUAUAAUACAAUAUCUCGUAGUGUGUAUGUACAAAUGAUCGUUUGUACUAAACAUGUAUGUUACGUACAAAGUCUCUAGAGGUAUGAGUAUAUAAGUCGAAUAUAUAUGCUAUCAAUUCUCAUUAAGUUACACUAAUCAAUCUGAGACAGUACAGUUUUACAAAAGGCCUAGACUACGUCGGAUAACUUCGUAGCAUCACGCGACCUUUUUAUCUUUACUCUGUACAAAAUGCUAAGAUUUUGAUUAGCCAACAGAAGCGUUAUAUUACUUGUUGAGUGAUUCUCAAGCAAUACUGAAGGAUUAACAGAUAAAUCACGAUUAUGUACGUGUAGCGAAGUAGUGAAUGUGAAGGUAACAGUCAUAAUAGAGUUAUGAUUAGUGAGAGCGGUAUUCAAUGUUCGAACUUGUGUCUGGUGACUAUAGUGGUUGCCUAAACUCAAUUUAAGGUAGCAUGGGAAAAGAACAUGAUGUCUUACAGGAAUUACAAGUAGAAAGACCAUUAUAUGAACAGGAAGCUUUGAAUGAGGCAUAUCAUUAUGAAAAGCCAAAAGUAUCUGUUAUCAAGAGUAUUGCAAAGUCAUUGAAGCCUGAAAGCUGUGAAUCGUGUUUAAUAUCUACAAUACCAGCAUUGUACUGGUUAAGAAAAUAUAAAUGGCAGGAAAAUGCUCUUCCAGAUAUGAUUUCUGGUUUCACAGUGGCUAUUAUGCACAUUCCCCAGGGUAUGGCUUAUGCUUUGUUAGGAAAUUUACCUCCGGUGACUGGUAUAUACAUGGCAUUCUUUCCUGUUCUUAUCUAUUUCUUUCUUGGUACAUCUAGACAUGUUUCUAUGGGAACAUUUGCUGUGGUAUGCUUGAUGACAGGAAAGACGGUGUCAUCCUAUGCAACCCCUUCAGAUAUAUUAGUAAAAAUGAAUGAAACAGCUUCAAUUAUGGGUUAUCAAAGUUCAGAACCACUGCCUAUUUAUACACCUAUGCAAGUUGCUACAGCUGUUACAUUUAUGGUUGGCACAUUCCAACUUGUGAUGUAUGUAUUCCGCCUGGGUAUCAUAAGCACAUUGCUAAGUGAAACAUUGGUAAACGGCUUUACAACGGGAGCAGCGAUAUAUGUUCUAAUGUCACAAAUUAAAGACCUCCUAGGACUAAAACUACCUCCGCAAAAAGGAUUAUUUAAACUUAUAUUCACUAGUAUAGAUAUAGUACAUGCAUUACCAGAUGCAAAUAUAGCUGCAAUGACCAUUUCAAUAAUAUCAAUAACUAUAAUGUUGCUCAAUAAUGAAAUUUUAAAACCAUGGUUCAGCAAGCGUUGCCGGUUUCCCAUACCCAUUGAGUUAAUCGCUGUAGUUGCUGGAACUUUAAUUUCUAAUUACUGUAACUUAUCUAAACUGUAUGAUAUUGAAACAGUUGGCCAUAUUCCUACUGGAUUGCCCAUGCCAGAGUUGCCCACUUUUAAACUAUUACCUAUCAUUGCAUGGGAUAGCAUAAUGAUAACCUUGGUUUCGUAUACGAUAUCGAUGUCCAUGGCGUUAAUUUUUGCACAAAAAUUAAAUUAUGAUAUCAACUCGAAUCAGGAGCUACUUGCAAUGGGGAGCAGCAAUAUAGUAGGAUCGUUCUUUUCAUGCAUGCCGAUGACUGCAUCACUUAGUCGGUCUGUUAUUCAGCAGUCAGUUGGUGGAAGGACCCAAUUAGCCAGUAUAGUAUCAUGCAUGAUACUACUGGUUAUAUUACUGUGGAUUGGACCGUUUUUUGAGACUUUGCCACGAUGUGUUUUAGCCUCUAUCAUCGUUGUGGCAUUAAAAGGCAUGUUACAGCAGGCAAAACAGUUAAUCAAGUUCUGGAAUUUAAGCAAACUUGAUGCAUGUGUAUGGAUUGUUACCGUUUUGACAGUGGUGUUAAUAAGUAUUGAUAUUGGUUUAUUGACAGGAUUAUUAGUAUCUCUUGCGACUAUAUUAUUACAAAGUAUCAAACCAUAUACCUGCUUAUUGGGGCAUAUUCCAAACACAGAUCUGUACCUGGAUUUAAAUCGAUAUAAAGGGACGACAGAAAUAUGCGGAAUAAAGAUUUUUCAUUACUGCGGAGGGCUGAAUUUUGCAAACGCAGGCUACCUCAAGUCGGAAAUAUACAAACUCAUAGGAGUGGUCCCUCGACUAGUUCUGGAUUGUAGGAAGAAAUUAAAGAAUGAUAUAUAUUCAGAUAUACACGAUAUCGAUGAUAAAGAAACAUUGCGAUGUAUUAUAUUGGACAUGACUGCACUAAGUUAUGUGGAUCCAAGUGGUAUCAAAUCAUUACGUAAUAUUGCUGCAGAAUACAAAAAAAUAGACGUACAAAUGUAUGUGGCAGGAUGUUCAGCGCCGGUGUUUGAAAAAAUUAAGAAGUGUGAUUUAUAUGAAAAUGGAAAGCCUAGUUUUAAAAUGUUUGUAACUGUACAUGACGCUGUUUUAUUUACGCAACAUGAGCUAUGUUCAUGAAUAUUGUUGAAAACAAUUUUAGAAGAACAUAUAUCUCGUGAUAUUCUAUUCGUUAUGUGCGUACUAAUACAGUUAUAUGUUAAUGAGCGCGUGUAAAAGUGUAAAUAGAAUAAAUAUCUAUUGAGAACUUACGGUUAACAAUUUAAAUGUUGCCGAGAUAUAGUUGUAUUUGUACGUACAGAGCAAAUUAUUAGAUGAAAAAUUAUUCUAGCAACAUACCCAUCGCUAGAAAAAAGCCAUGUCAAACGAACACAAAAAAUCUGAGCUUUAGUAUUGCGUUAUAAGGAUUUUAAGUGGUACUUAUAUAUUUACAUACUGGCAUAUUUUUCAAUGGUACUUAUUUAUCACCUAAGUUUAUUCUUGAAAUAUCUUGUUUGUUUUCAAAGAUAUGCAAAAGCCCUUAAAGACGAAGUUGUAAAUAACAAAGAGAAACAUGUACAAUGAUAUAAAAGUGAUUAUUUUCAA